AUGGUUAAAAUUACCCAACUCCUCUCUCUGCUCCUCGCCGCACGGCAAGGCCUGGCCCUCCCAGCAGCGUCUUCCGACUUGGAGCGGCGGGAUUGGCCAGAUGUUACACAAUUUCUGUCCAAAGUCGCCGCCAUAUUCCCCAUCAAUGCCGCAGUCAAGGAUGUCUGUGGUCUCCUCACAGCUGGGGAGCUUGGUCUGGCGACUACGUUCGGGAUCCCGACCACCGAGAAUGACGCCUGCGGCGAUGUUACGGUCAUGUUCGCCCGCGGAACCUGCGACCCCGGCAAUGUGGGCGUUCUGACUGGCCCUUUCUUCUUUCACGCUCUUGAGGAGAAGCUGCAGCAGUCGGGUCGCACACUUGGCGUGAAGGGCUUCGCGUAUCCUGCGAGCGUUGACGGGUACCUAACAGGUUCGCCAGGAAACGGCAAAAAAUUCGCACAAGCAAUCCAAGACGUGGCAGCCAAGUGCCCCAGCACCAAGAUUGUGCUCAGUGGAUACUCGCAGGGCGGAAUGGUGGUGCACGAUGCCGCAACAAGCCUCGGCGCGAGCGUCAUGUCAAGGGUCAGCGCCGUCGUCAUUUUUGGUGACCCAUAUUCGAAGCGGGCGGUGGACAACAUCGAUGCAUCCAAGGUCCGCGUCAUCUGCCACGACGGAGACAAUAUCUGCGAGAAUGGGCCGAUCAUCCUGCUGCAGCAUCUGACAUAUGCGCUGGAUGCUGACUCUGCUGCCGACUUCGUGGUCUCAAAGGUCUGA